GUCACGUGACGCGUGCGCGAUGACGUCACGCGACGCGGCGUCCUGUCAGUAUCAACACAACAGCGCGAGAGCGGAACCGACGCGGACGAAACGGACCGCGUUUCCACCCGUUUAACGGCGGACGGUGUGUUCUGUUCUCAGGCUGAUGACGGAUCCAGGAUGCUGGGGUUCUGCCGCGGUUCCGUCCGGCUCUGUCUGGUCCUGAUGCUGGCGUCGUGUGACGCUAACGUGGUCAUCCAGAGAGACGCUCAGUUCGACGUGACGUAUGACGACACGGUCACCAGCGACAACCAGACCAUCUACUCCUACAACCACACCGUCUCCAGGAACAAGACCGAGGGCGUACGUGUUUCCGUGGAGCUGCUGUCGGAGAGCACUCAGAGUCCGGUUCUGUUCGUGGUCCGGCAGAAACAGGCCGUUCUGUCCUUCCAGGUUCCCCUCAUCCUCAGAGGCCUGUAUCAGAGGAAGUACCAGUACACUCAGGUGGGCCGGACGCUGUGUCAGCCGCCCACCAAAGCCGUGUCCGAGACGCAGUUCUUCUACGUGGACGUGUCGACUCUGUCCAGCGCUGGGGUCCACUAUCAGCUGCGAGUCAGUCGUGUGGACAGCUUCACGCUGCAGACAGACAAGAAAUUCAGCUUCAAUGCAACGCCGUCCCAGCCUCAGUUCUUUAAGUAUGUGUUUCCGGACGGUGUGGACACAGUGAUUGUGAAGGUGAACUCACAGAAAAACUUCCCCUGCUCAGUCAUGUCAAUACAGGACAUCCAGUGUCCGGUUUAUGAUCUGGAUAAUAAUGUGGCGUUUAUUGGAAUGUAUCAGACUAUGACCACCACAGCCGCCAUUACAGUGCAGAGGAAAGAUUUCCCUAGUAACAGUUUCUAUGUGGUGGUGGUGGUGAAGACUGAAGACGAGGCGUGCGGAGGACCGCUGCGAUUCUACCCGCUCUUACCUGAUGAACUGCUGGAUGCUGGGAAUCGCAGUAAAACUCUGGAUGUGAUCGUUUCUCCUGCCAUUAACUCGGAGGUGUACGUGAUGGGCAUGCUCUUCUGUCUGGGGAUCUUCCUGUCCUUCUAUCUGCUCACGUUCCUCGUGGCGUGUUUGGAGAACAAGAGGAUGAACAGGAAGAGGGAGGGGCUUCUGAACGUUGACACCUCACCUGCUGAGACAGCAUCUCUCUUGGGAAAGGCUCCAGUGUCUCCAUAUGAAUACGGUUCAUUUGCUGAUAACGGCAGCACGCUGAGCUCUGAAGCUGUUACUGACAGUUUAGCAUCGGCCGACGGGAACUACGGAUACAUGGGAUCGGAGACUUUUAAACGGCGAAUAAUAACAGCACAUCCUGUAGCCAUCCGCAUUGAGCGCUCUUUAGAGAGCGUCAGCCGCAGUCGACAGGAGUCUCUGAGUUCAGUAGAAGAGGACGAUUACGACACGCUGGCUGACAUCGACUCGGACAAAAACAUCGUCCGUACGAAGAAGUUCCUGUGCGUCUCUGAUCUCGCUCGUAAAGACAAACGCAUCCUCAGCAAGAAAUACCAGAUCUACUUCUGGAACAUCGCUACGAUUGCAGUGUUUUAUGCUCUUCCUGUCAUUCAGCUGGUUAUCACGUAUCAGACGGUUGUAAACGUCACAGGAAACCAAGACAUCUGCUAUUAUAACUUCCUGUGUGCACACCCUCUUGGAGCACUAAGCUCCUUCAAUAACAUCCUGAGUAACCUGGGCUAUGUGCUGCUGGGGCUGCUCUUCCUGCUCAUCGUCUUACAGAGGGACAUCCUUCAUAACCGAGCGCUCGAGCGUAACGACAGCGCAGCGCUGGAGUGUGGCAUCCCCAAACACUUCGGCCUGUAUUACGCCAUGGGCACUGCUCUGAUGAUGGAGGGGCUGCUCAGCGCCUGCUACCACGUCUGUCCAAACUACACCAACUUCCAGUUCGACACGUCGUUCAUGUAUAUGAUCGCUGGACUGUGUAUGUUGAAGCUGUAUCAGAAGAGACACCCGGACAUUAACGCCAGUGCAUACUCUGCUUACGCCUGUCUGGCUGCGGUCAUAUUCUUCUCUGUGCUGGGAGUGGUGUUUGGUAAAGGUAACACAGCGUUCUGGAUCAUUUUCUCGGUCAUACACAUACUGGCCACAAUGCUGCUCAGCACACAGCUCUACUACAUGGGCCGCUGGAGACUCGACUCUGGGAUCUUGCGCAGGAUGUUGUAUGUGAUCUACACAGACUGUAUUCGGCAGUGCAGUGGACCCAUGUACAUUGAUCGGAUGGUUCUGCUGGUGAUGGGAAACAUUGUGAACUGGUCACUGGCGGCGUACGGUCUCAUCAAACGACCCAAUGACUUCGCUUCGUACCUGCUGGCCAUCGCUAUCUGCAACCUCCUGCUCUACUUCGCCUUUUACAUCAUAAUGAAGCUGCGCAGCGGCGAGAGGAUCCAGUGUCUGGCUCUGGUGUGUAUUCUCUUCACCGCUGUGGUCUGGGGUUUCGCUCUCUUUUUCUUCUUUCAGGGCCUCAGUACAUGGCAGAAAACUCCGGCCGAGUCUCGAGAACACAACCGUGAGUGUAUCCUGCUCUCCUUCUUUGACGAUCACGACAUCUGGCACUUCCUGUCCUCCAUCGCCAUGUUCGGCUCCUUCCUGGUGCUGCUCACGAUGGACGACGACCUCGACACGGUCCAACGAGACAAAAUCUACGUCUUCUGACGGACGGACGUCGAGAGUCCCUGUACUAGCCAAUCACAGAGGAGCAAUGAGGGCCAAUGAGAGGCCUCGCUACCUGAAUAUGUUUACCUGCCAGUCGGAGACGGUGUGGGAGGAGCCUCAUACGAUAACUAACGCUGAUAGGACGGUGAAAGUGCCAGUCAAACUGCCAGAGCUCCUCCCUCCAUCGUGUGUUUAACCGCUUCGGACCUGCUCUGCAAAUCUCAAUGCAUUUUUGUACCGGUGGAGUUUGUCUGUUCUCUGCGUCUGUGUCCGUCUGUGGCCUUCUGUGUCUGUGGUUCUGGACCGCGUGGUUCUGACUGUAAAUCCGAGCCGAGCUGCUUCACUCAUCUAAAGAUGAUUCUGAUCUGAGAAAAUCAACUUUGCACUGUCUUAAAAUUACAGAUUGUGUUUUUACUAAGUACAAACUGAAUGAUUACUGAAUAAAGACUUUUUAUGGUUGUUUC